CAGCACACCCUUCCCAUCAGCCUUUUGUAAAAGGUCUAUUUUACCCUCAUUUUAAUCACAGACUUCCUCUCUCACUUGCCUGCUCAACCACGGCUGAAGAACCAUCCACUUUCUCCCAUCUUCUUCCUCCAGAGACUCACACACAACAGAACAAUUCCGCAGCUCAGCUCACGCAACAAAGCUCAAGCAUUAAGAUUCUCUCGCCGUCGAGCCUCCUCACCGGAAUGGUAUUGAACAGCGGGUGCUGACAUCGUAGUCGGUGGGUUCUUUGCCAACACCUCUCUGUUUCUCCCUCUCCUCGGUGCACGAGCUCCAUGCUGACACCCUUUAUUUUGGUUUUGAACCGUGACGAACAUAGUCCAUCGACGUCAACCUCUAGCUGCCAAAAGCAUUGAAACCAGUCUUGGAGAACUUCUUGCUGGUGAGUUCGUUGUAUUGGCUACACGGAAUUAGUGCAAACUCAUGCAGGAAGGAGAAGAAUAGGAUUGGAAAUGAGCUACGAGGCAUUGCAGGCUGCAAAGGUAUAUCGGCAACUUCUCAAGGCUGUAAAGAAGCACAUUGCACAUGAAGACAGCAAGAGGCGCUUCAAGGAAUAUGUAACUGAGGAGUUUCGCAAGAAUUGUGCACUAUCAGACUUCUCUUCUAUUCCGCAGAAAAUCAAGCUUGCCAAUGAUUACACCUUUCUUCUUAAUAGUGUUCACCAUCACAAGGACCUACUGUUCUCAUACAACAUUGCUGUGGAUAGAUCGGAUGAAAUGAAGAGAAUACUUGGAAAAUCUGCAGCAAGCGUGGGUCUUCAGCUUCCAGAGGUUUAUCAGCCUUGAUUCAUUGUUGUUUUCGAUGCCCUUGAUUUCCUGAGCAUAUUUGCCCUUGUACUGUGAAUUUUUUGGUUGCAGCAGCCGCAGGUUGCAACCAAGUCAAACCUAAGGUUGUAUACCCUGUUUUCUCAUCUUGAGACAAACUAGCUCAGUUUUGUUGCUUAAGCUGGAUGCUGGAAUAAUAGUAUUUACUGUCAUAUAUAGAUUCUUAUAUUAUUGGAAAAUAGGGAGAGAGAUUGUCUGAAACCCACUUUUUCUGAGAUAAAUCAUUUAGAUUAUUUUGGUUA